UUUGAGGGUGUACGUACGACGAUUAAAAACAGAUCAUCAUGACUGGCCGCGGUAAGGGAGGAAAAGGAUUGGGAAAAGGAGGAGCAAAAAGACAUCGUAAAGUACUCCGUGAUAACAUCCAGGGGAUUACCAAGCCGGCCAUCCGUCGUUUGGCACGUCGUGGCGGAGUCAAACGUAUUUCCGGAUUGAUUUAUGAAGAAACACGUGGUGUACUGAAAGUGUUCUUAGAAAAUGUUAUUCGUGACGCGGUUACCUACACCGAACAUGCAAAAAGAAAGACUGUGACUGCCAUGGACGUCGUCUACGCCCUGAAACGUCAAGGAAGAACCUUAUACGGCUUCGGCGGUUAAACAUAGUUUUUAUUUAUAUACAAUCGGCCCUUUUCAGGGCCACCAAAAAUUUCAAACGUUGUAUUUCUCAUUGUAGCAAUUUUUGAAACUUAAGAUUUAAAAUUAAGAUAAGUAUUAUUCAA